GCAGGAGGGAGUAACCGAGCGGCGGGGAGGCGCUCCGCACACAGAGCACACCUUCAGAUGGAGGAGAUGAAGUAGCAGCGGCAGCAGUCGACCGACAGAGGAACAACAACGUCUGUGCCGAAGAUCCGGAGGUUUGUCUUCAGGGGGGACAGCAGGUGACAGAGCGAACCGAGCGAGCCUCCGCCGCCCCGAAGCGUCCACACCGGUGGUGGAGACGUUUGACCUCCUUCUUCCCUCCAGCAACACCCUCCGAUUACCACAAUACAUGCAUUUCGAUACUACAUGCCUUUAAGUCUGAUUGUCUAAGCCUGGUGCAUCAAGAUGGAAAAUGCGCACACAAAAUCGGCGACCGAAGUUUUAGACAACUUCGGCGUGAACGAGAACACUGGGCUGACUCAGGAGCAAGUCAAAGUCAGUUUGGACAAAUAUGGACCGAACGAGCUCCCGGCUGAAGAAGGCAAGUCCCUGUGGGAGCUGGUGGUGGAGCAGUUUGAAGACCUCCUGGUCAGGAUCCUGCUGCUCGCCGCCUGUGUUUCCUUCGUAUUGGCUCUGUUUGAGGAGGGAGAGGAGACAACCACCGCCUUUGUCGAGCCUGUUGUUAUUCUUCUCAUCCUGAUUGCCAACGCAGUUAUCGGGGUCUGGCAGGAGCGCAAUGCUGAGAACGCCAUCGAGGCCCUGAAAGAGUAUGAACCAGAGAUGGGGAAGGUGUACCGCAUGAACCGCAAGGCUGUCCAGAGGAUCAAAGCCAGAGACAUCGUCCCAGGAGACAUAGUGGAGGUGGCAGUUGGUGACAAGGUGCCUGCUGACAUCAGAGUGACAUCUAUAAAGUCCACCACCCUUCGAGUGGACCAGUCCAUCCUCACAGGGGAGUCUGUUUCCAUCAUCAAACACACUGACCCUGUUCCUGACCCCAGAGCGGUCAACCAGGACAAAAAGAACAUGCUGUUUUCUGGCACCAACAUCGCUGCAGGCCGUGCCAUAGGUGUUGUGAUUGCCACUGGCGUGACCACAGAGAUCGGUAAAAUCCGUAACCAGAUGGUGUCAACGGAGCAAGAGAAGACACCACUGCAGCAGAAGCUGGAUGAGUUCGGACAGCAGCUCUCCAAGGUCAUCUCCCUGAUCUGCGUAGCCGUGUGGGUGAUCAACAUCGGCCACUUCGGAGACCCCGUCCACGGCGGCUCCUGGGUCAGAGGAGCUAUCUAUUACUUUAAAAUUGCCGUAGCAUUAGCUGUGGCCGCCAUCCCAGAGGGCCUCCCCGCUGUUAUCACCACCUGCCUCGCCCUUGGCACGCGUCGCAUGGCCAAGAAGAAUGCCAUCGUUCGCAGCCUCCCCUCUGUCGAGACCUUGGGCUGCACCUCUGUUAUCUGCUCUGACAAGACGGGCACCCUCACCACCAACCAGAUGUCUGUUUGCAGAAUGUUCGUUGUUGACAAGGUGGAGGAUUUUAACUGCAUCCUUCAUGAGUUCUCUAUAACUGGUUCUACAUACGCCCCAGAGGGACAAAUACUGAAAGGAGACAGGCCCGUCCAUUGUGGAGAUUAUGAUGGACUUUUGGAGUUGGCCACUGUGUGCUCCAUGUGCAAUGACUCUUCACUGGACUACAAUGAGGCCAAAGGCGUUUAUGAGAAGGUGGGUGAAGCCACGGAGACGGCUCUCACCACCUUGGUGGAGAAGAUGAAUGUUUUCAAGACUGACCUCUCCGGUCUCAGCAAGGUGGAACGUGCCGGAGCCUGCAACUCUGUGAUCAGACAGCUGAUGAAGAAGGAGUUCACCCUGGAGUUCUCUCGUGACCGCAAGUCCAUGUCCGUCUACUGCACACCAGUCAAGCCGGGCUCCCAGAGCAAGAUGUUCAUCAAGGGUGCUCCAGAGAGCGUGAUCGAGCGGUGUAAGUACCUACGGGUGGGGACAGGAAAGGUGGCGCUGACACCAGACCUGCGUGAGCAGCUUUUGUCUAGGAUCAGGGACUGGGGGACAGGCAGGGACACCCUGCGCUGCCUGGCUCUGGCCACUCAUGACACCCCACCACGCAAAGAGACCAUGGACUUGGAGAAUUCCAACAAGUUUGCAGAUUAUGAGUUGAGUCUCACGUUUGUUGGUUGCGUUGGCAUGCUCGACCCGCCCAGGAAGGAGGUGAUCAGUGCAGUGAAACUGUGCAAAGAGGCCGGCAUUCGCGUCAUCAUGAUCACAGGAGACAACAAGGGCACAGCCGUGGCCAUCUGCAGACGAAUUGGCAUCUUCGGGGAGGAGGAGGAGGUGUCUGGAAAGGCCUACACGGGCCGCGAGUUUGAUGAUCUCGCACCUGAGGCGCAGAGAGAAGCCGUCAAACGGGCGCGGUGCUUCGCCCGUGUCGAGCCGGCUCAUAAGUCUAAGAUCGUCGGAUACCUGCAGUCAUUCGACGAGAUUACAGCCAUGACAGGAGAUGGUGUGAAUGAUGCCCCAGCUCUGAAGAAAGCAGAGAUCGGCAUCGCCAUGGGCUCAGGAACUGCAGUAGCCAAGUCGGCGUCUGAGAUGGUGCUGUCUGACGAUAACUUCUCCACCAUCGUGGCUGCCGUGGAGGAGGGCAGAGCCAUCUACAACAACAUGAAGCAGUUCAUCAGAUACCUCAUCUCCUCCAACGUGGGGGAGGUCGUCUGCAUCUUCCUGACCGCCAUCCUGGGUCUCCCCGAAGCUUUGAUUCCAGUGCAGCUGCUGUGGGUUAAUCUGGUGACCGAUGGCCUGCCCGCCACCGCCCUGGGCUUUAACCCUCCAGACCUGGACAUCAUGGACAAACCACCCCGCAACCCAAAGGAGCCUCUCAUCUCUGGCUGGCUCUUCUUCAGAUACCUGGCUAUUGGAGGAUACGUGGGUCUUGGAACGGUGAGCGCUGCCACAUGGUGGUACCUGUAUGAUGAAGACGGCCCACAAGUAACUUUCUAUCAGCUGAGACAUUUCAUGCAGUGUACUGUGGAAAACCCUGUGUUCAAAGGCAUUGACUGUGAGGUGUUUGAAUCCCGCUACCCCACAACCAUGGCCCUGUCUGUGCUGGUCACUAUCGAAAUGUUCAACGCACUCAACAGUUUGUCUGAGAACCAGUCUCUGAUCAGGAUGCCUCCCUGGGUCAACAUCUGGCUGCUGGGAGCCAUCAUCCUCUCCCUCUCCCUGCACUUCUUAAUCCUCUAUGUGGAGCCUCUGCCGCUGAUUUUCCAGGUGACCCCCCUGCACUGGUCCCAGUGGAUCAUGGUCUUGAAGAUUUCCAUCCCGGUCAUUCUCCUUGAUGAGGCGCUGAAAUAUAUCUCCAGGCACCAUCUAGAAGUUGAUGAUGAGAAGAAAUAUCGGAGGAGAUGGCAGUCGAACUAAGACCUCUCCCUCAACACCCUCACUCAGUUAGACACACGCUCGCCCUCUCCCCUUUAUGAGCUAGGAAACCUUUCCUCUCCCCUUGUCCUCGUUCCCCUGACUCCUGCAUGUCCGUCAGACCACCACUAGAGAUGAGCAGGGUUUGCAUGAGUGCAAGAAAGAGAGAGCGUGUGUGUGUUCCUGCGAGCAUGGCUUUGUACAAGUGUGUGAGGGGAUGAACAGCGUGUUUGUGUGUGUGAGAUAGAACAGACAGAUGCAGGGCUGUCUUUAUAGCUGUGAGAGUGAGAAACAACUGCAAAAAAAGGGUAAAAAAUAGAUAAACUGCCCAGGGCUCUGCUUUUUAAAGAUUUCUGCUCAUUGCUUUUUUUUUUGACUGUACAGUACAAACAUAGUGGUGCAGAAACUGGACUUUGGGGAGGGAAGGAGACGGAGGACAGGGGGAUGGAAUUUGUUGGGUUGGAGGAGAGUUGGUUUGAAAUGGGCACAGAGACUGAAUGCUGGAUGAAGAGGUGAAGCCCGCUGUGGAGAAGAGACUGAUGUAGGCACUGGCAAGAGAAGAGCAUCAGAAAGAAUGUUAGACCAGUGCAGAGAGCCAUCACAACUGUGUGUGUCCAUAAGAGUGUUGAAUCUCACGGUACCCCCCAGGCUCCGGCCACCCACACCACUGGCGGCGGAUUUCCAGCUGUGCAGGAGCACGGCCUCAUCAGCACAACACAAUCGUAUCUCUGGCCCAAUCUGCUCCGGCUCUGCUCCUUCAUCGCUCUUCACUCUCACCGUAUACAAACUCCCAAUGAUUGUACUUCAUGCAGACUUACUCUCCUUUCGCUCAUCUUGCUCUCUCGCCGUCUCGCUUACUUGCUCUCUAUCGAGGUGGCAGCUGUGGGCCCGCCCCCUCUCCCGGGGGUUGCGACAUUUACCUGGCUCUCGAGUCGGUGUGUGGAGGUGUCGACACACCCCCCCACCCUCCCACCAGCACCACCACCUAAAGGUGUGAAUAGCUUUACGCUGCUUGGCACGCUUCCUCCAGCUCUUUCAUUUCGAGGGGUUGAGGUCAGCUCACACAACAAAUAAAAACAAAAGAAAAAGAAAGAAAUAAUGUUAGUAGUGUAGUUUUCAGCCUCACUUUAACUUCCAUCUGCUGUGCUGUCAGACAUGUAAAUUAAAGGAGGACCUGAGCAUUUCAUGCAGAAUAACCACCACAGAGCAUCAUGGGGUUCAUGUACCUUUAGUUUCAAGUUAGUUAUUUCGAACCCAGCAGCAUUGCUAAGAUGUGUGUGUGUGUGUGCGUGCGUGCGCGUGCAGCCUUACUUGAAUUGAUUUGACUUGACAGGAUUUACAGUCACGGGAAAUGUAGAUAAAGUAAGUUAAGAAAAUAACUGCUUGACUGUCUUGCUUAUGUACUGGACACAUCCAACAUCCAUGCCUUACACAGCUCACUGCACCUCCACAUUGAAUAUGUGGUCCAAAUGAAUGUGUUCCUGCUAUAGCCUUUAAUUACCUUUGUACUGCCGCCACUCUCUCGUAGUGCCCUGACAGUGAUAACAGACUUUGAAUGUCCUGGACUGAGGCGUGUUCAAUAGGAAACCUUUUUUUUCCUCUAUCUCUCGUGCUUUGUGCGCUGCUCCCUCAGCUCCUCCUGCUCUUUCAGUGCUUUAGCGCUGCUCACUUGGGUAUUGUUUUGUAAUAAAUAAAUAAUAAUGUAUUUGACUGAAUGAACCCACGGGCGUGUGGAUUGUGUCUCAAAGUCUUAAUUAAGGGUCUUGUGUUGGGCCCUGGCGCUCUGUGGACUCGGUCAGGGGUGUUUUUUGGUCUUUUGUGUGCACAUUAAAAAAAAAACUUUGUAAAGGUGCUGGAUGAAAAAUAGGAAAAAUAUCUCACUGUAUCAACUGCUUCCUGUAUAGUUAAUUUGAUAGAAGUCGUCAAGGUAGAGCUGCGGUUAUUAGUUCAUUGAAAAAAGAAAAAAUGGCAACUAUCUCACAUUACAGUAAAUAUUAUUUUGCUGGUCACACAAAACAGGACAUUGUGCUCGGUUUUUUCACAGUUUUCUAUGGCGAUUUGGUUUAUAUGGUUGAUUUACUGAGAAAACAAAGGUGAUGCAAAGAAUAUGUUGUGGCCCUGCUUUACUGCAGCUGUUAGGGUAUAUCUAUAUAAUUCUUUUUUUAAGUAAUCAAACCAGGACUCAUUAAAUCAGUGUGCAGACCUUUAUUCUUUUUCUCCCCUAUUUUCACUUCCAGCCCUUUUCAAUCAGCAGGGCUCAUUUCAUGGAGUAAAAUCUAAAAGCAAAUCCAUUCCCAAAAUCUUCUACAGCCUGAUAUAGCUUAUAGUACAUUAUAUUUUGUCAUUUGGUGAUUUUCAUACAUGAAUAGAACUAGCCAAACCUUGUUGGUGUGAGUCCAGAUAUUUCCACAUCCAUCUAGGGACGAUAAACAACGCUCCCCCAGAAACAAAUACCCAGAUUCUGAAAUAUUUUGAACAGCACCAAUAACCAAUAUAAGGCAAACACAUAAACAGCCUUUAUGUUCCAUGAUUCCUUCAAUUAUUAUUAUUAUUUUCAUGAACGUGACGAUGUGGCACCUCUGUCCUGACCAGCAGACCACCCGUCCCUGUCCCAGCUCUCCAUGGCUCUGUAACAUUCUGGCUCUAUAGGUCUGUAUAGCCUUGUUCUUUACUACUGAAUCCUCAACUCUGUACAGAAGAGGAGAUUAUGAUCGCAUGGAACCCUGUUACUGUAAUAAUAACCUAUACACUAUAUCAUUUUUUUCAUCAUUGAAAUCAACUUAUUGACAACUGAGACUUCCAAAAAAAACAUUUUUUAGUUUUACUUUGAGCUCGUUUUUGUUGAAUAUUAAAACUGUUUCUUCAUUGUUCCCGUUUGGUUUUUACAGUUUCUGGGGUUUUGUGUCUUUUACUGUAGGGAUAAAAGAAUCAGACGUUACCAUGUUAAAGAUAGACAAGAAUCACGCUUCCGCUAAUCAAUGAGGAUCACGCUGAUCAUUUCAGUGAGAGUUGUCCAGUGUGAGAAUGUUCAGGAGCUUGUGAAUGAACUGUGUCUGGUUUACACUGAUGUGAUAAGCAGUGAUGAGUCCUGGCUUAUGAAGUUAUAUGACUGUAAAUUGAAGGGUUUGUUGUGGAUGCAGGCUCUGGAGACCUGCGACAAGCCAGUAUGGUUCUCAGUCAGUCUACCAUCAAUUAAUCAGCAACCCCCCCCCCCUCACUUACAGUGUAGGAGUAAUCAGUUUCAUAUCAGUAACAUUUAAAUAGUAUAGUUCUUAUUGUCUUUGUCUGUACAGACAAGUAAACAGUCUCUAGAGCCUGAGUUCCACAUCUGAGAAAUUAAAAAGGAUUCUCUGUAUUGCCUUGUUAAUAUUAAUUGUGGACACAUAAUUUUAUAAAUGACAAAGACGUGGAAAUAAAGAUUAUUUAUCUUGUUA